UGUGCAGUACACUCCCUCCUCAGGCGCAAUCGUUACCCCACUGCCGCUCCGGACGUCUUCAUCGUCUGCAGUCGAUCUGUCUGCUCCGAUUUGUAUUUGCUAUUCAUUAAUAUUAUUUGGUGCCUUAUUGGUCCCCCCCCAGUCGGUAGUCACUACUUACCGGUUUAGUACGGUAGUAGCCGUCGAGUAGACCCGUCCUACGUUUUGGGCUUGUCGGUACCCGCUUGUGCGUGUCGCCUCCCAACACUCGCCCGUCGUUAUAAAUACCAAAAAUAGACGUGCGCGAUCGAUUAUUAUAAUAUGCCGUGUAGCGGACGAUCCGAAAUGUGUCGAAUACAUCGAAAUUAACCUGCGUUUAGACCUUGAACGGUUGUGCGUAUUGUUAUUUGUUAUCAUCGCACAAACAAUUCGAUUAAACCCGUCGCAAAUAAUAAUAAAACUACAUAUUUACUCGGUCGUGCCAUACACAUAAUAGUUUGAGCGAUUCUUUUGACAUUUAUGGGAUGUAAUUCGAGCAAAAGUACGUCUAAAGCUGUACACAAAAAAAAAAUACUACCCAUCAUGAGCUUCCUGCCGUCCAGCAAUGCUAAUCAAUACCAAAAAAAGCAAGUACCGGCAACCAAAGGAUUAGCAUCCUCUUUUGGAUUCAAAAAGACAACACAAACCAAUAAGAUCAGACCAAUAUCAGCUCCUAUUCAAUUUGUCGAAAAACCAAACAAUUUUGAAUCUAAAAUGUUACCCAAACCAAUGUCAACACCCGUGGAAAAAUGUUCAAGAAGUAUACCUAAAAGUAAUACACCUUCUCCCAACAGGUUUGGAUUUUGUAAACCAGCAACAAAACUUGUUCAACCCACAACACAAGUAACAAAAAAAGUAGAAGUGGAAAGAAGAAGUCAAUCUGAACCACAAAAAAGGGAAAUUCCUAAACUUUUAUCAAGUGGAACAAAAAUUGCUGUGUCCAGAGUUACCUCUAGUCAUUUACCUAGGCCUCAAAUACCAAUCAGAUAUCAAGUAUCCAAGAGUCCCGAUAAAAAUGCCAAAACAGCUACCAACAUGAGACUAAAGAAUGAAGCAAUUAAACAAAUGCAACAAGGAGUAACCAUUCGAAAGUUAACUGACUCUGUUGAAUUUACCGAAGUAAUUGCUUUUAAUAGACCAUCAAGGCUAACAAUAAAUUCAAAUGCUAAAGGUUCUUUAAUUAGAGAACGGGCUAAUAAAUAUUUAAGACAAGUGUCAAGUUCAUCUUCAAAACAUUUGACAUCAUCUGAUGAUGAUUCAGAUGUAAGCAGUUAUGAAGAAAAACACGACAAAGAGGAGUUUGUAAAAGAAAAGACUGAACAAUUUGAUAAGAAGGAUACUACAUGUAGUGAUGAAGAAUAUGGACCUGGUGAAGCAUUAGCAGUAGAAGAGUUCACAGAAAUGAAAGAUAAAAUAAAUGUCAUUGAUAAUAAAUUUGCCAAUGUUGAUAUGUCUAUAUCAUUACGUGAUGUAUUGUUAAAUAUUGAAGACACAACUUUUGCCACAUUAGCUGCUAUGUCUUCUACAAUAAGAAUCGAGGAUGAAACAUCACCAGAUGAUGAAUGCUUAAGUCCCACUGAAUCUGAAUCAGCAGAAUUUCCACAUAGUAAAACAGAAUCUACAAAUAAUGAUAAACGUGAUUCUAUGUCACCAAUUUUGCGUUGCAAUAUCUCCAAAUCUGGUUCUUUUUCAUCAGACACUAGAGAUUUUUUUGAUGAUGAGAUAGCUGACCAACCAGCACUUAUGUUUAGUGGACCUCCAUCAGAGUCUUGCAAUGCAGAAGAUAUUGAUGAUGCUAUAUUUCGACUUGGAAACCAUUCCAGUUGUAACAAAAAAUCCAGAUCCUUGAGAAGAUCACUAAGUGCUGAUGGGUCCUUAAGUGAGAGUCUCAACUCUGACGACCUGAUGCUUGAUGUGGACUAUGAUCAAACAGAUGAUAAACUGAUUGAUCCUGAUAACGAUGACCUAUUGAAAACACUGGAGAGCACCAAACAAAAUUCAUUUAAUGAAUGGAAAUCUUUGACAUCCUCGAGAAACAGUAGUAGUUCCCUCAAAGACGAUGUAGUUCCAGUCAAAGAUGAAACGGAUUCCAAAGGCAGCAAUGGGGAUGUGUUAAUGAGCUUCGAUCGGUUUCGAGAGGUAACGGACGACAUAGCGAGUAUCAAGAACAUGCUAUUCGAGUUAAACCGUGCUCUAAUAGAGGACAAGCAAGAUAUAACCUACCCAGAAGACCAGGAAGUUCAUUGCUGUUACGAGAAUCAAAUCUUGGAUUUGAAACAACAGGAGCUGAGUUGCGGAUCGUCCGUUUCAGAUAGCUUAUAUGGCACAACAAAUGGAACAGAAGGACCGUACUAUUCAAAUGCUCAACGAACAGAUAGCCCAACGACCACGGCCAUCAAUAACAACAACAGAAACCCGAAAUGCUGCCACUCAAACAGACAGAUGUCGGUCGACCACAGCUCCAACAUUAUGCACAUUCGAUAGAGAAGGACAGUCAAAUGGUCGGCCUGUAAUAAGGUGCAGUGACAUGACAGAGAGAUCAAAGUCUGUGUCGGGCAAUCGCAUACGUAUCGGCAUGCUAAAGCACAAAUUUCUAAUGGACGCAGGACGUACGUUGCCGAACGUUUGAUUCCUUCCUUACGUUCUCUUCGACCAGUAUUAACAAAAACAUUCCAUGUUUAAUGUUCCAUUAAUAGUUAAAUUUAAAACAACAAUUUAAAUUACCAUUUAUUUUUUACAAUUAAUAAGUUUGUCCACGUGUAAUAUACAAGUUUUGUUUCCAAAUGUACAAUUUAUGUUCUUUAUAUAUAUAUAUAUAAUUUAUUUUUUUUUUUGUGUAACUUAAAUGUGGGUUUUUUUUUGCUUGAAAUAAGUAAUCUUUUUUCCACUUUACCAAAAUCAAACUAGUCAAUCUUUGUUUUGUUUAUAUGAAUUAUAUUAUAUUUUGUUUUUGUUACAUUCAAUAACAUUUUUCUAGAAUAAAAUUAUUAUGAUUUAAACAUAAAGGACCUACCUUUCCUAAAAUAAUAAUAAUUUUAUAUUUAAAAUGUUUUCAUUAAAUACAUUAAACUUCCAACAAUAGUUAUAUUAUUAAAAAGAAAAUAAAUGAAUAUUUAGUUUAUUGUACCUACCUAUGUAUUAUAAAUAUAGGUUAAAAUGUUUAAUAUACUCUUUUAAUUACUGUACUUAGUGAUUAUACGAUAUAAAUACUUUAUUUAUUAACCUUAAUUGAAAAUUGUUAUUUUUUCCUCUGAAACAUUUAUUCCAGGACUUAAUUGUUACUGUUUGUAUUUUUUUUUUCUUUUGAUCCUUCUUGCUCUUCAGCUAGGUAGUCGUUUUGUAUUUUAAGGGCUGUGCAAGUUUUGUGAUCGAUUCGGUUAGCUUUAUUUUAUAACAAUGUAAAAAUACAUAUAUACAUAUUACAUUUAUUAAUAAAUCAAUAUUAACUUUAUUAUUA